AUGGGUAAAUUGGCUGAGUUGCUCACGCAUCCGCUGGAGGCGUUUUCGGUCUUGCAACUCCUUUGGUUCCGCUUGCCCGUGCACUACCAGGACCUCAAGUCACUGCCGAAACUGUUGCAACGGUGCUACGAGCUCUUAAACUUGACGCUGAGAUCGUUUGCCGCCGUCAUCCGUGAGCUCCACCCGGAACUACGCGAUGCCGUGAUGUUGUUCUACUUGGUGUUGCGGGCGUUGGACACCGUCGAGGACGAUAUGACCAUUGAUGCUAAGGUGAAGGUGCCGUUGCUUCGUCUGUUUGACGACAAGCUCAAUACCACCGAUUGGACCUUCCACGACAGUAAGGAGAAGGACAAGGCGGUGCUCGAAGAGUUCGACGUCAUCUUAGCCGAGUACCACAAGCUUAAGCCCCAGUACCAGGACAUUAUCAAGGACAUCACCCACAAAAUGGGUAACGGCAUGGCCGACUACAUUUUGGACGACAACUUCAACCACAACGGCGUGCAGACCGUCAAGGACUACGACUUGUACUGCCACUAUGUCGCUGGUCUUGUUGGUGAAGGGUUGACUCAAUUGAUGGCUCAAGCCGACUUCUGUGACCCUAAGCUCAACAACGAAGGCUACGUGCGUGCCGAGCUGAUGGGGUUGUUCUUGCAAAAGACCAACAUCAUCCGUGACUACCGCGAGGACCUUGACGACGGCCGCUCGUUCUGGCCCAAGGAGAUCUGGUCCAAGUACGCCGAAAAAUUGCCCCAAUUGAAGGAUGCUGAUCAUCGCGAACAGGCGUUGUGGUGCAUCAACGACCUUGUACUCAAUGCCCUCGGCCACGUCCGUCACGUGCUCGAGUACCUUGCCCGAGUCAACGACCCGUCGUCGUUCAACUUCUGUGCUAUCCCUCAAGUGAUGGCGGUGGCGACGUUGGCGUUGGUGUACAACAACCCCGAGGUGAUGCACAAGAACGUCAAGAUCCGCAAGGGCACUACCUGCCAGUUAAUCUUGGAGCUGAGAACUAUGCCUGGUGUCGUCAACAUCUUCCGUCGUUACAUCCGUGAAAUCAACCACAAGCUGAACGUCAACGACCCCAACUACCUCAAGAUCGGGAUCAAAUGUGGCGAGAUCGAACAGUUCUGCGAGUCGAUGUACCCGCUGGCGCCGCCUCCCAAGGACAGAAAGCCCCGCCAGCCGACGGAGACCGAGGUGGUGAUUGCGGCUCGUGCUCCCACCGACAAGGCGACGCAAAGAAUCAUCGACGAGGAGAAGUCCAACAUUCGGAUGGUGAAGCUCGGGUUGCUUCUCGUUGUCGGUGGCGCGCUCUAUUGCCUCGUCGCUGGCGCCAUUGGCUUCUAG